AACUGUAUAAGUUAAAUAUGACGGUUCUUGUUUUUAAUUAUAAUUAUUUUCUUUAAACAGUGGGAAAGUGGCUCUGUCCAUGGUAUUUCAAAAAGGGUAAUUACCAAAGUUAUCGUUGUUAUAAUUUAAUUUUUUUAAACUUGCACCGUUUUCCAAUAUUUUAUAACAUAUUUUUAUCGUACGUUUUGUUUCUCAAUCGUGAAAAUUGUGUAUUGCCUUAAAUUUGAUCGCUUUUUUUCACUCUGACAGACCGAGUCACUUUUCCUGCUGCUUAUGUAAACCAAGUGAAAUUUCAUGGUUAACCAUCAUCAACACCAACGGUCACAAAGUUUCUUUAGCCGUUUGAUACGCAAUCUUUCAUCUCAUUCACUCUCCAACUCUUCAUACCAUAAUGGAAGUUCCAAUGUCGUUGAUCACCAUUCCAGCCAUCACCGUCAAAGCCGAGAAAAAAGUAGUACUCUUCGAUCUAGUAAGAGACAUCCAAGACAUGCCUCAACUUAUGCAACUAUGCGACAUCAAUUGUCAUCAUCUCAAUCAAGCCAAGAUGUUAGUUCCAAACUUAUCAGUCCAUCUCCUUCAAUGCCACAACCAAUUGAGUCUAAACCAUUGGCCAUUUGUGGUAUCAAAAACCAUGGAAAUACUUGUUUCAUGAAUGCAAUUCUUCAAUGUUUAUCUAAUACCGAUUUAUUGGCUGAAUAUUUUGUUAUGAGCCAUUAUAAAAUUGAUUUGGUUAAACAUAAUCAAUUAAACUUGUGUAAAUACGGCUCUCAUGGUGAAGUAACCUCCCAAUGUGCCCUAGUUUUUAAAUCUCUCUGGACUAACUCUUACUCUCCUGAUAUUUCUAAUAAGUUUAAGCAUCUUGUUUCAAAACACUGUAAACAAUAUGAAGGUAGUGAUCAACAUGAUGCCCAAGAAUUUUUAUUCUUUCUAUUGGAUAUUUUCCAUGAAGACCUUAAUAUUGCAACCAAGAAAAAGUCGAAAAAGCUGAAGCAAAUACAGAAAAGUUGGAACAAACCAGACGAGCUUGUUGCUGCCGAAACAUUAGCUUAUCAUAUGCGAUGUGAUAGCAGUUUUAUUCAUGAUUUAUUUCAAGCUCAACUCUGCUCCUCUCUGGUCUGCCGAUCAUGUAACAAUUACAGCAAUACCUUUGAUCCCUAUAUGUGCCUUUCACUUCCGGUACCAAUCAAACGCACACACACUGUCAUAAUAAAUGUUUCUUAUUUGGAUGAUGUUACAAAAAUUGUGCGGAUGGUUGUUGCCAUUGAAGCUCAAGCAACUCUUCGUGAAUUGCGAGAUAAAAUUUCACGAUUGGUUAAAAUUCCUGAACGUCAGUUGGUUCUGUUGAUUAAAGAACACGAAGUUGGAUUGAAAGAAUUGAUCAAGGACAAACUUACCAUGCAUGAAAUCUUGGAAGAUGUUAAUGAAGUAGAAGUAGAAGCCAUUGAAACUCCUGCUAUUCCUGACUGGACAUCUGGAGUAUACUCUUCCAAUGGUAUACCCACCUUGACACCCUCAUCAUCUCCAAUUAACUUUGCCUCAUCUCAACCUUUGACAUUGCUUUGGGUUAAUCGGGUUGGUAUUGGUAGCGAAAGUAAAGUUUUCGGUCCAUUCUUUAGCUGCACUUUACCUCGAGAAUCAUCGUUCAAGGAAAUUCAACAUUGGCUUAUGAAAUCUAUGUCUCCAAUUUUGAGAAAAACAUGCGAUCUUGCAAUCAUCAAAGAUUCGACACUUUUCCGCCUAAAAGUUGUCGAUGGAUUACCAGGUAAAUGUUACCUUCCUGAAGAUGUUGAUCAUCCUCUCUAUAUGCCAACAGUUGAUAAGGCUUUGUCUCAUUGUGAAGAAAGUGAUUACCGAGGACCGAUCCAUUUAAAAUUAAUCAUUGAAUGGGAUCUUGAUUUGAGACAAACACUUUUAGUGGAUGAUGAUGAUAUCAUAACAAUAAUUGACGAUCCCAAUAUUGAAUUUGUUAAAGCACGUAAUGAAAUGGCUAACACGGCUUCUUUGAAAGAUUGCUUCGAAAUGUACUUCAGAGAAGAACGAUUAGGAGCUGAUAAUGCAUGGAUGUGUCCAGCUUGUAAACGGCGUCAACAAUGUAUAAAGAAGUUAUCUCUUUGGUCAACUCCAGAUAUAUUUAUAAUACAUUUAAAGCGUUUCCGUCAAGCAUCCAAUUCAUCGAGAACCAAAUUGACAACUUUAGUUUCUUUCCCACUUUCUGGCCUUGAUAUGAAUCCUUAUUUGAGCAACCGUAACAAUAAUUAUGGUGAUACUGUUGAUUUUGUCAACAAUAAUAAUUUGCGUAACUCAUCAUCUUAUCUCCCUUCACCUUGGCGCCGACCAUCUCACAGUAAAAGUUGUUCCUCUCGGUCAGAGGAUAAUGUCUACCACCUCUAUGCAGUUUGCAAUCAUCAUGGCAACAUGCAGGCAGGCCAUUAUACGGCUUACUGUCGAAAUAUUGUGGAUGGAAAGUGGUACUCAUUUGAUGAUCAAAAUGUUUCUCCAAUAUCAGAGAAAUCUGUUGUCACCUCGGAUGCGUACAUUUUAUUUUACCAAAGAUCAACUCUUUCAUUUAUCUCACCAAUAAAUUCUUGUUCAGGCUCAUCAAAUGGUUCGUCAUCAACGUACAGCACAAUCAGUUCAAACAGACCCUUCGACCAUUGGACUUAUCAUCUUUCAUCUUCAAUCUCUAAUCGACCAUCUCCAGUUUCUUGUAAUAGUCAAGAUAAUUUAUCAUCUAAUAGUCAUCCUAAUUCAGAUUCUUCAUUACAUGGAAACAAAAGCAAUCACCAAACUGUCAGCAAUUAUAACCAACCUUCUCGUGGAGCCCGAGCUUAUUCAACAUUACCCUCGAGAGGAUCAAAUGACGCAACUAAAGCUUUAUUAAAAGAUUCUCGAUCAGUUUCACCUCCGGUCAAAAGAUCUCAGAUAAAUAGUUACGAAAAAAGCAAUUCAAAAACAGCAUCUUUACCUCGGAAUAUGCAGUCUAUAAUCCCGCCACAACAAAAGCAGCUAAUACAACCAAAGAACGAUCGAAAUCAUUCAAUGAGUAAUGGACGUUUGACAUCACCAACUCACAAAGAAAUUCAUGGUAAAUAUGAGGCUAAUUCGCCUGAUCAACCUAACUGUCUGACUGAUGAGAAUCAACCUCUACGUUCUCCCCCUUUACAAGAAAACAGUAGAUACUGGACGGUCACCUCGGUUUAAAGACGAUUUAUUUUCAUGUUUCGUUGGCAUCCUAAGCUGAGGAAAUUCAAGCAACAAAGCUCUCUUUCACUCUGGUCAAUCACAUUGUGGCAAUUUAAAUUUUAUACAUUCCUUUUUGUUUUGGUGCAAUAACCACUCACCAAAGAACUGAAAGCAACUCUGGUUAUCAUUUAUCCUAUUGUUAUUGCCAACAAAGAAAAGCAUUUUUGGUCUUCAUUUUGGAUAUUACAUUAGUUUGUCUUUUUUCAAUUCAUUAACCCUUUUUUCGCUCUUUCCUUUUAUCCUUUUUAUAACAAUUGUUAUUAUUAAUUUUUAGCUGGUUUACCAUUUCGCCAAAGUAUAGUUUUGAUUUUAUGUUCUGUUAAUAUUACAAGUCAUUGUUUGAUUCAGAAAGAAAUAAUGAUGACAAGCGUUCAAAAGCUGAAACAAAACAAUGGUUCAACACCUUCAAUAUCCUAAUCGUUAUGAUCUGUCUGUGAUUUGAUGAUUCAAACAACAUUUAAAGAGUGACAACCAUAAAGGAAAAAAUUAUGGCGAAGCACACAAAAAGGCUCAAUUUUAAUUACAAUCAUAGCCAUUAUUUGGAUUAUUAUAAAUUAAUAUUUUAUACCCAGAGAUAUACCUGUUAUGCCAUGAAAGAUGCCUGUCAACCUAAUAACCCUUUUUUGAGGAAAAGAAAAGCAAAAGCAAAAACAAGUGACUUGAUCAGCAUGAAGAUCAAAAUACACUCAAGCCUUGAGAUUUUUACAAAGUGGAUCACCUAUUUUGAUGGAUUAUCCAACGUCAGAUUGAAAGAUGGACAAAGCUUCUUUUAUCAGAGAUUCAAGAUUUUAUCGAAAGCUUUAUUUAAUAAUGUUAAUGUUUAUAAUCUUCCUAAAACCUAACAGAAUAAUCAUCACGCCAUUUAAUAUCGAAUUUUUUGUCAAAUUCAAUUAAAUCGACAUUUUGAGAAAAUUUUGAAAUAUUUUACCAAAAAAACUACAUUUACCAAGAUAUUUUGCAAAACACGAUUCAAAAUUUUCUUAAUUUAAUCCAGCUUUUCAGUUAAUAUAUUUUCCAGUCUAUCAUUUCCUUAAUUUAAAUUUGCUAUUAACUGUGUUAACGUACUUACUUUAAAUUGUUCACAUUUAUAAAACAUUUAACUCUAACUUGUUAACCUUUCAUUGUUACCUAACCAAGUUAUGAUUGUUAUAACUCGUCUAAACCAACUUGUUUAUCAUGUCAAAACUGUCAUUUAAUUGUCAUUCCUUUUAUCUUACAAUUACCGAUUUCCUUUUCUUAAUUGUCUUUUAUUCAUUUUUCAUAUUCUAUUUUGUUUUUUCCUCAUAAUUUUGACUAUUACGUUCUUAUUACGUUUGUCUUUAUUUAAUUCUAUGUUCAUAUUAAUAUAUCAUUCGAGAGAUAAAAACACUGAUUUUUCACCUGACUUUCACUUUGUAUUGCUAAUCAAAGCUCAUUUUCAAUGUUAUUAUCUUAAGUCAAUGUUAUACAGUAAGAGCCAGGGUUAAGUUAACUCUUGCUCAUGUGGACCGGCCAGUCGCAACAGCUUUUAAGGUGCGUCCAACCCAUGCUAGGUGUUUUACCUACCCAUAGGCACUAAGCUUUAUCCAACUCAACUGAGGAUGGGAUAGUCGAAGGGACUUAACCCUGGGUAAGCACUACUGUAUGUCGACCUAAGUUACAAAAUUGGAGACUUUUCAUAGUCGCCCUCUAAUCAAAGUACCAAUAAGGUGGAACUUUAUUUUGUUCAGUUUUCAUUACAUUGUUUUUUGUCUCUACAAACUAAAUAGAUGGUGACACCUAAUACUAAGUGUGACCUUUUUUUGUUAACUUAACCCUGACCAUUACUGUGAUUUGUAUUAAUAUGUUGAUUGUCAAAUAAUGGCAUUUGCACUGAACACUCGCUGUCAAAUUUUUGCUACUUUUUCAAGUUUGUAACCAAAACAUUGCUAACUCAAACCAAAUUACCAUUAAAGUGCUUGAUAAUGA